CCCUUGAAAUGGGACCAAAUCAACUGGCAACAGCAACUGAAACUGGGAUUGGGAAAAUGAACGAUCUGUGAAGGUAGUUUUUUGGGGGAAAACGUUUCGUUGGAAUACUUGUUAAAUAAUCAUUAUUCAUCAUGAAGGUGGGCUUUGCACUCGUUCUCCUCUGGUCUCUUCCAAUAACCAAUGUGCUUGCAGAGCUGCCUCAACCUCAGAACCUGACUCUGCUCACACUGAACACACAGUAUGUACUGACGUGGAACUGGGACCAGACGACCACAGGCAACUCUGUUACCUUCACUGUAGAGUACAUGGCGAAGUACAAGAUGAAGAUGAAGAAGAAGAACUGGAGCUGUGUGUGUGAAAGGACCACACGUACCCGCUGUGACCUCACAGGUUCUGAUCUGCGCUACCUGGGCGUGUACGUGCUCCGAGUCCGAGCCAGCGCAGACGGAGUCAACUCACACUGGGUCAACAAAGACUUCUGCCCUGAUAAAAACGCUUCAUUGGGCCCACCGUCCAGGGUGGAGAUGGUUCCUGUGGGGAACGUGCUGGACGUGACCAUCUCUGACCCCCUGACCAGCACCCAGCACUCCAUGAGGAAACACGUCCUCUACCUGUACUACCGCAUCCUGUACUGGAGCCGCUCUGAUGACCCUCAGGGUCUGAAGCCUAAAGUGUUGGACUCGAGCAACAACCUGGUGACGCUGCCUGAGCUGGAGGCCUGGACGUGGUACUGUGUCAUGAUCCAGUCUCGCUACGACUACUACAACAAGACUAGCAGCUACACAGAACCCCGGUGCAUGCAGACGGAGGGUGACACCCCGUACGGGCAGAUCUUCCUGUACUUCCUGGUCUCCAUGAUGGUGUGUUUCCUGCUCGUGUUGCUUUCCUGCUACGCCUUCAUUAGGUUCUACAGAGUCCUCAAAAACACCUUUUACCCCUCUAUCCAGCUGCCUGCACACAUCCAGGAGUACCUCUGUGACUCCUCCCCCGGCUCCGACAUGCCCCGCCUCCUCACUGCUGAUUCAGAGGCGGAGCUGUGCUGUGAUAAGCUGACCAUCUGUCCUGAGGUGGUGCUACUGGAGAUGCACGUCCCUCCUCCCCUCACAGCGCCCCCCUCAGAGCUGGAGCAGGACAGCGACAGGCACAUCUGUCAGGACAGCGGAGACUCUGGGAUCUGCUCCACAGAGGGAGGCUCCAGCCAGCAGGGUUGUAGUUGUGGGGAGCCAAUCAGGACAGACCAGGAGGUGGAUUCCUGGCAGACACUGGCACAGGCCAAGAUGGAGGAGAUGGGAUCCAUAAUGUGGGCUUGACCUCUGUUACAUUUGUGAAGGAAACAUAUUAUUCACCAGUUGGAAGGACCUGUGGAAAUAGAGGGGAGAGAGGCUGUCAAGUUCAGGGAUGAAGAUAUGCUAUUAAACCCAUUUGCAUGGGCAGCUUUCCUCUUUGCAAACCAAGGUAAGUUUCCAUACUCAAAAUAAAAUGACAGAUUGCUCCACUUGAGCAGUGACUAGACAUUUGAUUAAAAUAAAUCCCAACUAAACAAGUGUUACAGGUGAAUCUAAAAGCAUGCAGUAAUGAUUGUGUAAACAGUGCAUUAGGAAAUUAUUCAGACCCCUUGACUUUUUCCACAUUUUGUUACGUUAGUCUUAUUCUAAAAUGGAUUUAAAUGUUUUUUCCCCCUCAUCAAUCUACACACAAUACCCCAUAAUGACAAAGCAAAAACGAUUUGGUAUAAUUUUGUACAAAUGUUGUUGUUGUUUUUUAAACAAAGAACCUUUUACGUAAGUCUUCAUACUCUUUACUCAAUACUUUGUCGAAGCACCUUUGGCAGCGAUCACAACCUCAAGUCUUGCGCAUGACACUACAAGCUAGACACACCUGCAUUUGGGGAGUUUCUCCCAUUCUUCUCUGCAGAUCCUCUCAAGCUCUGUCAGGUUGUAAGGGAAGCUUUGCUGCACAGCUAUUAUCAAGUCUCUCGAGAUGUUCGAUCCUGUGUCUGGCUGGGCCACUCAAGGACGUUCAGAGACUUGUCCCGAAGACACUCCUGCAUUGUCUUGUCUGUGUGCUUAGGGUUUUUAUCCUGUUGGGAGGUGAACCUUCGCCCCAGUCUGAGGUCCUGAUACUCUGGAGUAGGUUUUCAUCAAGGAUAUCGGGGUGAACAGGCAGUUGCUUGGGUGGUUGAUGUCCUUGAUUAUCUUUUUUGGCCUUCCUGUGACAUCGGGUGCUGUAGGUGUCCAAGAGGGCAGGUAGUUGGCCCCCGGUAAUGCGUUGUGCAGACCUCCACUACCCUCUGGAGAGCCUUGCGGUUGAGGGCGGAGCAGUUGCCGUACCAGGAGGGGAUACAGGAUGCUCUCAAUUGUGCAUAUGUAAAAGCCUGUGAGGGUUUUAGGUGACAGCCUCCUGAGGUUGAAGAGGCACUGUUGUGCCUUCUUCACCACGUAGUCUGUGUGGGUGGAUCAUUUCGGUUUGUCUGUGAUGUGUAUGCCAAGGAACUUAAUUUUCCGCCUUAUCCAGCCUUCUCCAUUACCGUCCCAUUGAUGUGGAUAGGGGAGUGCUCCCUCUAUCUACCGCUAUUUCCUGAGGUACACAAUCAUCUCCUUCGAUUUGUUGAUGUUGAGUGAGAGGUUGUUUUUGAGUGCCCUCACCUCCUCCCUGUAGGCUGUCUCAUCAGUG